AUGACCUCAUCCACCGUAAUUCUCUGGGAAUGGCAAGAUGAACUAAUUCGGAACUGGAUCAUCUCCUCCCUCUCUGAGGCGGCGGUUCCUCAUGUUGUUUCUACUGUAACCUUGCACGAUGCAUGGAUGAUUCUUUCAAGAAUCUUUGCUCCCUUGUUGCUCACAUAUGUCUUGGAUCUCAAAGACAAACUCUCUCGUGUACAAAAGGCCUCUGAAUCUGUUACUGAGUACAUCCUCUCCAUUUGGACUAUCGUUAACACACUCGCAGUGAUUGCUCAGCCUGUGUGUGAUGACGAUUUGGUUCUUGCCACUCUUCGAGGCCUUGGUGCUGACUACAGGGAUUUCACAACCACAAUUCACCUUCAUGUCGAACCUGUUACGUUUGUUGAACUAAUUGGAGUCCUACUUAUUUAUGAGGGCUACCUUCUUUCAACUCACAAUGAUGUUGCUUCUCCCCUGUCCACUGCAAAUGUUACGUCUAUUGGACCUGCUUCUGAUACGAAGCAUUUGAAUUCUUGGACUGCAAAUUAUCGUGGUUAUCACUCUCGUGGCCAUCAUAACAAUAAUUACAAUUCUGACGGAUCCCUCAUCGAAGUGAUUUGA